AUGGCCGAAGCUGAUGGCCCAAUCGCUUCAGCUGUCGUUCUCCCCGAGGCUGAAGCUUCCACAGCUCCCUUGAAACGACGACAAUCAUCAGCCUCGGACUCGACAUCCAAACGUCCCCGGCUGUCCGUCGAUGCAAGCAGUGGCUCUCCACCUACUCUGCGCGACUCUCCACAACCAAUCGAGCCAUCUAAACCCGAGGCAGAAGUCAAACCCAAUGACGAAGCGCAAAAUCGAAGAAAGAGCAGUGUGCAGGAGGAAAAGAAGCGUGGCCAACGGUUAUUCGGUGGUCUUCUAAGUACUUUGAGUCAGAGCACGCCAAAUGGUCAGCAGAAAAGACGUCUCGAAAUUGAGAAGCGCCAGCAUGAGAAAGUAAAACAACAAAAGGAAGCAGACGAGGCACGGAGGAGAGAGAAACUGGCAGACUUGAAGGCUAUUCGUAAGGCAGAGCAAAUUAUAUACGACGAAGCAGAGAUGCGAACACGACAUUCCAACCUAUUGGCUGUGGCAAAUUUCCUGUGUACGAAAUCAGAACCUAAGAUUUACUACAAACCCUGGGAGCUACUUCCUCGAGACGAAGAACGAAUCAAAUCCCAGAUCAAGGAAGCCGAAGCCACAAUCGAGCGAGAGACAUCAAAUUUUGAUUCCCGGCAUCCGAACCGACCUGGAAGGAAAGAGAAGGAAGAAAGAUCUAACAGCACGUCUAAGGAGACGGUGGGUGAGCCUCAAGCCGAGUCUCCGUCUGUUUCCAAAGUUGAUGAUACUACUAAUUCCCCUGUACAAAUACCCCAGUCAGAGCAGAACCAGGCAGAGAAGCAGGCUCAGGAAGAGCAUAACGGCGAAGUGGUCGUUGAGAACGACGAGGAUACAGUGAUUUACUGA